CGGCAGAUUUCUCUAUAUAUCUGAGCAGAACAGUUAAAAACAGAGGAAAACUUGAUUUUGUCAACAAAGAAACAUAUUUAAUGGAGGUAUUUAGAGUGGCUAUUCUGUUACUAGGACUAGUGUCAUUGUCACUAGCUGGUAAUUACAAUUACGGUCAAGUAGUAGAGAAAUCUUUGCUGUUCUACGAAGCUCAAAGAACUGGAUUGCUGCCAACAAACAAUCGAAUUCCAUGGAGAGGAGACUCAUUCAUCACGGAUAGAGGAACUAGCAAUGAAGACCUUUCUGGGGGUUAUUUUGACGCUGGAGACUUUGUAAAGUUCGGUUUUCCCGGUGCCUCUGCAAUGACAAUGUUGGCAUGGGGUAUGUAUGACUCGAAACAAGGAUACCAAAAAGCAGGACAGUGGACGAAUGCCUUGGCAUGUUUGAGAUGGGGAAUGGAUUAUAUGAUCAAGACCCAUCCAAGCGCUAACGUAUUGUAUGUGCAAGUCGGUGAUGGUCAAGAGGAUCAUAGCUUUUGGGGUCGUCCUGAACAGUGGGCAGGAAGCAAUCCACGUCCAACGUUAAGAGCAACCACUACUUUACCUGCCUCUGAAGUCGCCGGAGAACAAGCUGCCGCUAUGGCAGCUGGAGCGAUGGUAUUUUUAGAUAACGGAGAAACAGCAUAUGGUGCAACACUAUUACGUCAUGCUGAGCAACUCUAUUUGUACGCAACCACAUAUCGUGGCAAAUACAGCGACUCUUUCCCUGUGGUUCGAGAAUUUUACAACUCUUAUACUGGAUACGGAGACGAAUUUCUCUGGGCAGCUGCUUGGCUAUACAGAGCUACUCGAGAAGAUAAAUUCCGACAAGAUUACACCAGAUGGUGGACAGAAUUUUCACUAGGCGGCCGACCAAGUGAAGCCUCUUGGGACUGGAAGCAAGCACAUGCUCAAAUUUUGUUAGCCAAAAUCGAUGGUUCUGCUCAAUACGUCAACGCAGCACGAUCGUUCUGUGACUGGGCUGUACACACAGUUCCCCGAACACCAAAAGGACUGGCUUUCAUUAGCGAGUGGGGAUCAUUGCGUCAUGCGUCUAAUGUGGCGUACAUAUGCCUUCAGGCAGCUAGUGCUGGUAUAAACGCCAGCGCUUACAGAACAUUUGCAAAAUCCCAAAUCGAUUAUAUCCUCGGCGAUGCAGGAAGAAGCUUUGUGGUAGGAUAUGGUGUCAAUCCACCGCAACGACCACAUCAUGCCGCAUCAUCUUGUCCAAAUCUUCCGGCUGCAUGUAAUUGGUCAGCAUUCUCGGCACCUGGUCCGAAUCCACAAAUUUUGAACGGGGCACUUGUUGGGGGACCGGAUAGAUACGAUAAUUACGUUGACGAUCGCGCUGAUUACGUGGCCAACGAGGUGACGCUUGACUACAAUGCCGGCUUUCAAUCUGCAUUAGCCGAACUUACUUAUCUUUACAAUUAAGUUCCACUUCUAUCAGGCCUGUUUAUCGGAAACAUUGUACACGCUUGCAGAAAUAA